AUGUUAUAUUCGGUAUGCCAUGGAACCGAUGCUUGGCCUGUUAUGAAGGGAUACAAGACUACAGAAAAUGGAAGACAAGCGUAUCUUGAUCUGGUUGCCCACUAUCAGGUUGAGGGCCAACUCAAUAAGAGACGCGACUCUGCCUAUCGCAUCUUGAAUACGACCCACUACAAUGGAAAGAAGAAUUUUAGUUUUGAAAAAUUUGCGGCACAGGUUCUUGGUGCCUUUGAAGAUUUAAAAAAUUAUGGCGAUGGCAUGUCGGAACAUGCCAAGGUAACCAAGUUCUUGAGCAUGAUCAAAGAAGGCCCGCAGGGCGCAGGCGAGGAAGUCAAGCAUCGGUACAAGAGCCUUAGCUGCGGUCGAUGGUGGGGGGACGAAACUCCAAUCGCGGACAUGGCCGUGGUAGUGAUCGUGGUGGUCGUAAUCGUAAUUGUAAUCAACAUGGACGUGGUGGGGGUCGCGGACGAGGUGGUAGUCGCGACCACGAUGGUACUGUAUGGUCCGAUGAUGGCACGACCAUCCUCAACAACAGUGGAUACUCACAAGACACUUGGAGCCGUUUCUCUGAUUGUGAUCGCCGUGUUGUCCUCCAAGCCCGUGAACGUGCUAACAGUCGUCUUUGCGGAAUUGAACACUUUGCGUGAACAAAAUCGUGACCGCCAACAAAAUGAAGAACCUGCACCAACACCAGCUCCAGCACCCUCCUCUGGCAACGUUGGUAGUGGAGUUCGACGUGGCCGUCGCUGA